UUCCCGGGAAACCCCAUUUUCCUGGAAAGCUGAAUAUUUCCCGCGUUUGGAUGAGAGUGGAGGUUUGCAGUCUGAUCCUCCGAUGGCUAGUGCGCAACGGCCGGACCCAAUUCUUUUCUUGCCCCAAGAAUCCAAUCAGACUUCGUCCCAAAACACUACGAUUCAAGUAACUGGGAAAAUGGGAUUUUCCGGGAAACUGGAGGGUUCAAGAAAAAAUGAAUCUUUUGGUAAAGAUUCUGAUGGGGUUUUGGGGCAAGCAGUGGCAUUGACCUCGAAAAAGAGUGAUGAUGCUAAUGAGGCAUUGUCGGAAUCUGAGAAGCAGAGCAGUCAAACUCAGCCCGCUUUUGAAUUUUCGAGGGAUGAUUGUGACCUAUUUGAUGGAAUGUGGGUGAGAGAUGAUUCGUAUCCGCUUUAUGCGCCGGGUUCUUGUCCUCUUAUUGAUGAAUCCUUCAAUUGUUUUCUUAAUAAGAGGCCGGAUAAUCGCUACGAAAAGUAUAGAUGGCAACCAAACAUUUGCAAUCUUCCAAGAUUGGAUGGUAAGAACAUGUUGGGACUAUUGAGAGGAAAGCGACUGGUUUUUGUUGGGGAUUCUCUUAAUAGGAAUAUGUGGGAGUCUUUGCUAUGUCUUCUUCGAAAUUCAGUGGAUGACAAGAGUGGAGUUGUUGAAGCCUUGGGUAGGAGCGAAUUUCGUUCAGAGGGUUCUUACUCUAUCGUAUUCAAGGAGUACAAUUGCUCAGUGGAGUUCUUUCGAUCGCCAUUUCUAGUUCAAGAAUGGGAGAUGGCAGAUGCAAAUGGAUCAAUAAAGGAAACGCUUCGCCUUGAUUUGAUUGAGAGAUCCUCCGAUAAGUACAAAACUGCAGAUGUUCUCAUCUUCAACACAGGUCACUGGUGGACUCAUGAGAAAACUUCCAGAGGGAAGGGUUACUAUCAAGAGGGUAGCUACAUCUACGAUGUAUUGAACGUUAAAGAGGCAUUUCGGAAAGCUUUAACGACAUGGGCAAGAUGGGUGGAUACCAACUUAAAUCCUGAGAAAACUAUUGUUUUCUUCCGGGGCUAUUCGCCUAAUCACUUUAGAGGUGGAAGAUGGAAUUCGGGAGGGCAAUGCCACGAUCUGAUAGAGCCACUUGCAAAGGAGACAACUAGAGGAAAAUAUGCAUCAAAAUUGAGAAUAUUUGACUCAGUAAUCACGGGAAUGAAGACGCCAAUAUUCUAUCUAAACAUUACGAGAAUGACCGAUUUCAGGAGGGAUGCUCAUCCAUCGAUUUACAGAAAGCAGAAUUUUACAGAGGAGGAGAGGAAAUCACCUUUCAGAUACCAGGAUUGCAGUCACUGGUGCCUCCCUGGUGUUCCUGAUACAUGGAAUGAGCUUCUAUAUGCUCAGCUCGUUCGACAUAACCAGAAGCAGCAACAACAGCAGCGUCAAGACCAACAGCAACAGAAACCCUAGAUAAAUGAUUAGACAGAUGCCUUGUAUAGAUGGGAUCAUGUCAAAAUAGUUUUGGAGAAAAUGUUUUCUGUUGUAUCUUUCAGUAGAAUUGUAGGAGGAAACAAAAUGACGUGAUAUUCUUUGUAAAAUCGAGUCUCGGUAAUAUAAGCUGAUAACAUCUUUGUGCAAAUUGAAGUAAGAUGAUAAUUGUGAGUUC